AUGAACUCACUCAGAUACCUCCGGCCGGUGGCCUCGCGUAUGCAGACGCCGACGCUGCCCAGACUCUCACGCGGAUUCGCCAGCAAGACAUACGAGUUCAUUCAGGUCUCUCAGCCCAAGCCUGGUGUUGGUCAAGUGACGUUGAACCGCCCCAAGGCCUUGAACGCCCUCUGCACUCCCCUCAUCCAUGAGCUCAACGAUGCGCUAAGGGCUUUCAACGCGUCGGACGAAACGUCCGUCAUCGUUCUGACAGGCUCCCAAAAGGCCUUUGCAGCCGGUGCCGACAUCAAGGAGAUGGCUCCUCUCACCUUUUCAGAGGCAUACACCAAGUCCUUUAUCGAGUCGUGGUCGCUUCUCACCACCGAGGUCAAGAAGCCCAUCAUCGCCGCCGUUUCCGGUCACGCGCUCGGCGGAGGCUGUGAGCUGUCCAUGAUGUGCGACAUCCUCUACUGCACCGAGACUGCCAACUUUGGCCAGCCCGAGAUCAAGCUCGGCACGAUCCCGGGUGCCGGCGGCAGCCAGAGACUCACCCGGGCUAUCGGAAAGUCCAAGGCCAUGGAGUUGAUCCUGACGGGCAAGUCCUUCAGCGGUGCCGAUGCCGAGAAGUGGGGUCUUGCGGCCAAGGCAUUCCCUUCGUACGAGGUUCUCAUGGAGGAGACGCUGAAAACGGCAGAGACCAUCGCCGGCUACUCGAGGGUGUCCAUCAACGCGUGCAAGGAAGUUGUGAACAAGAGCCAGGAUCUGCCUCUGAGGGAUGGUGUCGAAUUUGAGCGGAGAGUAUUCCACAGCUUGUUCGGCAGCAACGACCAAAAGAUUGGCAUGAAGGCAUUCGCGGAGAAGAAGAAGGCAGAGUGGACUCACUCUUGA